AGGUCCCUUCCAACCUGAGUAAUUCUAUGACUGUAUGAUUCUAUGAUCUUAAAAAUCUGUGUCGUCACCCCACUUCUCUCUUUGUACUGUGCCAUUUUACUCUUUGAAGGACUUAAGUGAAUAAGGCCCCCAUCACCAUGAGUGAGCUCACAGGAAACUACAUCCAAAUUGCCUCCCCAGUUGUCACACCCAGUGACCUUCGCAAAUUACGAAUUGCAUUUCUGUGUUGGGCACUUGUGUUCCUGCAGAAGAAGACCUCAGCAAUGCUUCCACUGGCUCUAGUGUAAAAUGGAGCUGCCCUAAGACAUCAAAUUCAAAGACAUUCAAAUCCUUAUGUGUGUUUCAGAAGACUCAGGGUGCCUUGAAUUUGCCCUUAUCCUCAAGGGAAAGUAUUCAUUCAAUAAGGAACAAAGUCAGUGGCAGACAGGCUGACUCUCUCACUGCGGCUAUCAGUCCGGUCUGCUAAAAAUUUUAGCUGGGCUAUUUAAGCAAUUGACCUGUUCAAAAUGCUACCAAGAACUACUAUUACUCUGACAGCUGUGACUGAGUGUAAAUCACAUCCAGCAUAGUUAUUUCAACUGUGCAUCUGAAAUCUUGCUCUGUGCAAGCUUAAUUGAAUAUAAUCUGGAAAACAGUUGUUUCCAGUUAAUUAAAUAAGAGUUUUGUCCUAUUUGUGAUCUCUUUGUGUAAAACAUGACUUUGUGUGUAUUCAGCAAAAUGUCCCUUUCCUACCUCCUAGCAAAAUCUCUAUAGCUGCACCCUCAGCAGAGUAUGGACAUCAGCUGCACAGACAGAUUUGUGAUAUCUGUGGCUGUACAGCCUAAGUCUUGCAUGUGGAAUUGAGAAUGCACAUGGGAAUGUUUCACUUAGUAUUGAAAUUUCAGAGUGCCAAGAAGUUACGUACUUCACUGUCAGUUAUAAAUGGUAAAGAUUCUAAGUAGAAAAAUUUGUAACUUCAUACGUAAGUUUUAAAGCUUGAAAUUCCUCUUAUAUUUUCUGAAAUAAAAAUGAGAAGCUUCACUUACAAACCUGAGCACAUCUGAGCAGAUCUAUUGGCUAAGUGAUGCAAAUGAAAAAUAUAGUCUAAGUAUGAAACAAGAACAUUUUCCCAAUAAUGAUACCUUAGUACUGUGGAAUGAUUUUCAGAAGGGAAUCUUAAAAUUCUUGUCACUUUUCCAAUGCAAUAUUUGAAAAACUGCCAUACUUAGGAAUUGAACUAAUUUUCUUUAAGACUUUGUUACCCACACUGUCCAGCUUUUCUGCAUCAUGUAGGUAUGUAAUAACAAUCCUCGAAGUAAGUGUGAAUUUUUUCUACUAGUUUUUGAACUUUAUUUGAGAUGGUUUUUAUGGGUGACAGUCUUGGAGUCUGUACCACCUGCAGUCUCUUCUGCAUAAUAUAAGCUGAAAGGAAUAAACCACACUAAAAAUACUGACGCACGAAUUGUUUUCGUAGGCGACUAAAACUCAGUUCUGUAAAGUGAUUCAACAUUCAGGUUUGCUUUUUUUUUUUUUCCCCUGGGGAUAUUCCCUAGGUAAUACCAUUUGUCCUCUUUCAAAUGCUCAGCAUUCUAGUUCUCCCGUUUCCAAAGUCAAUAUCCUUAAAGGAGCAACACAUUAGAAGAGUUGCUUGCAGAAAGAAAAGAAUGUGUUUCCUAAUUUCUAAGGCAGAAACUGACUUCAGACCCAUUUUCAGUUUAUAUGUUUUACUACGGAUUGUGAGAUUGGAGACUGAUAGUUUGUAUUCUUAGUGAAGCAUGAGAAUCUUUUAAGCUUGGCCUGUGACAGGAAAACAUGUUUACAGCAACAUAAACAUUUAUUCCUUGUAUCAUGCAUUUGCAGUGAAAUGUGCUGUAGAAAUAAGUGGAUUCAGAUUCACAAAAAAAGAACUGAUAGUCUUUCAAACAGUUUAUAACAUGAUUCAGGCCUUAGAACUAAGGCAAGAUACUCUACUAUGCUGUAGUAUGAGCUGUAGGUUUUGAUUUUUAAUUCAGAUAACUCUCAAGCAUAGUUAGUAUCAAAAUUCGUGGAGCCACUUGUACUGUUUGGAAUAAAAAACCUAGGGAGUUCUCCAGCACACCACAGCAAAUGGUCUUUUCUUUACAGAUCUGCAGCUGCAGAUACUCAUGCUUUUCACCCUUUCUCUCUAGUGCUGCAGACCACCAAACUACAGCGCCGCCUAGAGGAUGACUUCAGCAUGGGUUUGUUUAGGAUACUACAUGUAUAUAGAGGCAUCUAACAUGGUCUAUGGACAGAGAGCAUACCUAAUUUCAAGAUCACUAAGAGGGACCUCUGGAAAACAAUGCUUGACAUUUUUCUAUCACAUGUAUGGAGCUGGGACCGGAUUAUUAAGUGUUUAUCUAAAAAGAGAAGGUGAUGAUGAAGAGAUUCCUUUGUGGAGGAGGACAGGGGAACAAAGCAUCUCAUGGCUAAGGGCAGUGAUAGAAUAUGAAAGUGAUAGAAACUACCAGAUUAUUUUUGAAGCAAUCCGUGGGGUGUCGAUGAGAAGUGACACAGCUAUUGAUGAUAUUCUGUUCCAAGCAGGACCCUGUUUAGAAGUGGAAGAAAUUCAAUUCUCAUCAGGCUAUCCAGACAGCUUAAAUGAAAUUGAGUAUUAAAAACAGUCUGCUGGAAGGAGUGGAAUGCACAGAAAGCGUUUAGUGAGAAACUGCACAACAGCCUGUUUUAAAAUGUGCUUUAAGUGAAGACUGGACUCAUUUGGAUAAUCACCCAAGUGUAGGAAAAACUCAGAGCACUCGUGUUCCUCGCCUUUGCAAUGAAAUUAUUGACUCAGGGCUUCUUAGACUGUUUUUUAAUUUUAAUUUUUUUCUCUUUUGCAUGAGGUUAUCAGUUACUAUGUAGAGGCUACCCAUUUUGCACAGAGCAUUCAACACAGUAUUUUAGUGCUUUUUUUUUUUUUUUUUGGUGUGUAAAUCUUUCUGAUAUAUAGGUAAAAAGAGGAAAGCAAAGGUGCACAAUUAAAAUCUAAUAUUGUGUUAUCUUAAAUCUGCAUUCAGUGAAUGUUUUGUGUUGGGUACAGAAUGGCUUUAUGUUAAGGAAAUAAUAAAUACUUUAAGAGAAUAAAGAAAAUACUAUUAGAUACUACUAAUAUCCUACAGGUUAAGUGCAAUUAUUCAUAAGACAAUUCUCUCUGGAGAACUCUUAACACUUUGCUGGUAAUUUUUGUGUUUUUGUAUUCUUUUACUAUAAGAAAUGUAUUUGUCAUUCUUAGCAAUAAGAAGCUCACUUCUCGUGUUUCAGUAUAAAUCAGUGUAACCUACAGCCAAAUAAAACAGUUUGUACACUCACAAGGAAUGUACUCACACUUUACCCAACCACAACACCUUGCAAUUAUAUUGAUAAGAUACUGAAUUCACACAACUUGUUAAUUUUGAAGACUUUUUUUUAUAUUUGUGUUUGAAGUUUUGUUUUGAAAACAUUAAAACUUCCUAAUAAAAUAUAACUUUGAAAAUUG